AAAAUGUCUUCACUACCUUUUGAGUCUCGGAAAAGUGCUUCACUUAUUUGCCAUCUCAAAAAAGAUGUACAAGGGAUUGUUCGUUCUCUUAAGACCAAUUUUUCAGAACUACAAAUCAAAGAAUAUCAUGGUAAAUCAGAUCCUGAGGAAAAGGCUCAUGAUUUUAGCAAUGUAGAAGAAUCAUGGAAAGACUUAGACCUAAUUACCUAUACUAGCACUCUAAAAAUAAAAAAAGAAUUAUUCCAAUGGUUGUUAAAUGCUAAACGAGAAUGCCUUUCCCGAAAACUUCAGAAUAGAGGAAUUUUUCCAGAUAUAGAUUCUAUUAUCUGGAAUAAAGAUUUGCCAACUAUUCGAUUAUAUUACAAUAUUGCUAUCCUAAAUAGUGAAGCAGAGGAGAUAUCAGAUAUAUCUAAUGCUUUUAUUGUCAAUCAUGAGACUGCCAAAUUAUUGGAGAAUAAACCAAAGAAGACUUUAGAAGAGAUGCGCUCUUUAGACCAGCAUCAUAUUGUGAAUUGCUAUGGUAUUUUAUCUGAAUUACUAACUGAAGGUUUCAUCUCAAAAUAUGGGAAUUACAAUCACAUGAAAUGGUUUAGAGCUUAUAGACAACUAUGA